CUUCCGGGAGCAAGAGAGAAGGAGCGAGAGCAAGCUGUCUCCCGGCCACUGCGGCCAGCUUCUCUGCCUCUUCGAAUGCGCAGUGGAAAGUGCUACACGGCGGCAGUGGCAGGACUUGGCAGGGAUGACGCGGGAACUUUGUCAGCCUCAACAUGUUGCGCGUCUAACAGUCUGAGCACCUUGUAGUCGUCAGUGAGCAGGGCCGCAGACUCUUGUCCAACGACUGAAGAAACAGAGACAAACACCCUGGUGGUGCAACUGUCGUUCCCUCUCGACCGCCAUCUGCCCUCUGCCCAUUGCCAUUUGCCGUUUGCCGACUGCUCACUGCCCACUGCCCACUGCCUACUGCCUACUGCCUGCCACUCGUGCCUGCCUCUCUAGACGCCCGCCCAGAUGGCCUCUUACUACAACACGAGUACGACCAACAACAACCACCCGGGCUACAACAGCUAUACCACGCAUACUUCUCCCUUUGACGACAACCAAUAUCCGUCGUACCCGUCGUACUCGUCUCCCUACAACAAUCUCAGUCAUCAACCCACACCCAGCGAUGGCCGUGAUCCCUUCCAAGACGACGACGCCGUGCCCAUGCACAGCUACCACGCGAAGCACUCGUCCCACUCUAGCACCGCUCCUGUCAUCACCCCAGAGUACAAAGAUCCCUUCGUAAGAGACGCAAAGUCGACCACUCGUUCCCGCCCGCCAAAUGCCCCCGUCGUCAAAGGCUGGCGUCGCUACUUCACAGGCCGCGUUACCUGGGUCUGCUACUUUCUGACCCUAGUUCAAAUCAUCGUCUUCAUCGUCGAGAUUGCGAAGAAUGCCGUCCUGACCAAAUCGCCCAUUGAGAUUCAUCCACAAUUCAACCCAAUGAUCGGCCCUUCGCCCUACGUUCUCAUCAACAUGGGUGCUCGCUAUCAACCAUGCAUGCACAACAUGCACAACGUACAAGAUCGCGCGUCUGGCAACAUUACAUGGCCUUGUCCUUGGGCUACCUCAAACACUGGAGACGACGCCAAAUGUACCCUUUCUCAGUUAUGUGGCUUUGGUGGUGUACCUGAACCACAUGCUGGGGGCUCCAUCACAGACCACCCCUACCCCAACCAGUGGUAUCGCUUCAUCAUCCCCAUUUUCUUGCAUGCUGGUAUCAUCCACAUUGGCUUCAAUAUGCUGCUGCAGAUGACCUUGGGCCGUGACAUGGAGCGCUCCAUUGGCAGUAUUCGAUUUACCCUUGUAUACUUUAGUGCUGGUAUCUUCGGCUUUGUUCUUGGUGGCAACUUCGCUGCCACAGGUAUCGCCUCUACCGGCUGUUCUGGCAGUCUUUUCGGCAUUAUGGCUCUCACCCUGCUUGAACUACUAUACACAUGGCGCGAACGCCCAAGCCCCAUCAAAGACCUGCUGUUCAUCCUCGUAGAUGUCAUCGUUUCCUUCGUCCUCGGUUUGUUGCCUGGACUGGACAAUUUCUCUCACAUUGGUGGUUUCCUCAUGGGCCUAGUCCUCGGAAUCUGUCUCCUCCGUUCGCCUAACGCCUUACGCCGUCGUACUGGUGAAGAUGAACCUCCGUACAGCAGUGUCGGUGCUCCCGCCGCUACUCAAGACGCAGCGAGUCAAGGCUUGCGUGUCUUCAUCAAGCAACCGGCUGGCUUUUUCAAAGGUCGCCGCGCUAUGUGGUGGGUAUGGUGGAUCGUGCGUGCUCUCGCCCUACUGGGUGUUUUGAUUGGCUUCAUUGUUCUGCUCAAGAACUUCUAUGUCUGGCGCACUGGCUGCGCCUGGUGCAAGUACCUGAGUUGCAUUGAUGUCAACAACUGGUGCGACGUCGGCAAUUUGCAAUUCUCCAACACUACCAGUAAGCGUGACCUGCUUGCUCUGGGCAACAGCAUCUUCCUGGAGCCCAUGACAUUGGCCUGAACAUUUUUAUGUGGCUCUCCAUGACGUUCAAAACAAUAAGAUACCCCAUUGAAGUAAGAGGCUAAGGAGUUUAAAUAUCGAGACAACCUGGGGUUGUCAUUCUGCUUUUCAAUUUCUGCAUCUGGCUUUUUGGUUACUGGGACAUUGCCACGGCGUUUUGCAUUACAGAAUGUACUUUUUGCUUCAUCACGGAAGGAGCGUUCAAGCAUUUACGAGAGGGGGCAGGUGGGGCUGUAGAUCUGCAUCUCCGGCGGAUUCAAUUAGUUGAUGCACUGUCCGCUAUUCUGUCUACGGAUUAAAAUGAACUCGAGAUUGACUGCCUGUCAAGGCAAAGCGGUCCUUGUCUUUGCUCUGGCGCUCUAGUUUGACCCGCUAAUUCCCAUAUCGUUCU